AUGAAUGUCCAGCCGACCAAAUAUGCGGGCCUGAUCGCAGACCUGAUGCCCAACAUCCGUUUGAUGCAGGGCUUCGGUCACUUUUUGUUUCGUUAUGUUACCGGUCCGAUAUUAAUUCGGAAGUUAUACUCCUGGUGGAAUCUGAUAAUGAUUCUGCUACAGUUUUUCGCCAUCGUCGGCAAUCUGGUGCUGAAUACGGAUGACGUAAAUGAACUGACCGCCAACACCAUCACGACGCUGUUCUUUACCCAUUCCGUGACGAAAUUUAUCUAUUUUGCGGUCAAUUCGGAAAACUUUUACCGAACACUGGGAGCGUGGAAUCAGCCCAACGCCCAUCCACUAUUUGCCGAAUCUGACGCCCGCUACCACUCGAUUGCUUUGGCCAAGAUGAGAAAGUUGCUCGUCAUGGUAAUGGCGACAACACUUCUCUCCGUCGUCGCCUGGAUCACAAUUACGUUCUUUGGCGACAGCGUAAAAAAUGUACUCGACAAGGAAACUAACGAGACGUACACCGUGGAAAUCCCUCGAUUGCCGAUUAAGGCCUGGUAUCCGUGGAAUGCGAUGAGCGGCGUGCCGUACGUUUUUUCUUUCGUUUACCAGGCCUAUUUCCUGCUGUUCUCGAUGUGCCAGGCCAACCUAGCCGAUGUGCUGUUCUGUUCCUGGCUGCUUUUCGCCUGUGAACAACUGCAACAUCUGAAGGGUAUUAUGCGCCCGCUGAUGGAGCUCUCAGCCUCGCUGGACACCUAUCGACCUAACUCGGCUGCUCUAUUCCGUGCCAUUUCCGCCGGAUCCAAGUCGGAACUGAUCCUGAACGAAGAGAAAGAGCCGGAAACUAAGGAUUUCGAUCUAAGCGGUAUCUACAGCUCCAAGUCGGAUUGGGGAGCACAGUUCCGUGCUCCGUCGACCUUGCAAACAUUCGGUGAAAACGGAGUGAAUGGGAAUCCCAACGGACUUACCCGCAAACAGGAGAUGAUGGUCCGCAGUGCAAUCAAAUACUGGGUAGAGCGGCACAAGCACGUGGUCAGACUCGUUUCGGCCAUUGGCGAUACAUACGGAGCGGCUCUUCUGCUGCACAUGUUAACCUCGACCAUCAAGCUGACUCUGCUGGCCUAUCAGGCGACGAAAAUCGAUGGACUCAACGUGUACGGACUGACCGUUAUCGGCUAUUUGGUGUACGCCCUCGCUCAGGUGUUCCUGUUUUGCAUCUUCGGCAAUCGACUGAUUGAAGAGAGUUCAUCAGUGAUGGAGGCCGCCUACUCAUGCCAUUGGUACGACGGUUCAGAAGAAGCCAAAACAUUCGUGCAGAUCGUUUGUCAACAGUGCCAGAAAGCGAUGACCAUUUCGGGGGCUAAGUUUUUCACCGUUUCAUUAGAUCUAUUCGCUUCGGUUCUAGGAGCAGUUGUCACCUAUUUCAUGGUGUUGGUGCAGCUGAAGUAA